CAGUGUAGCCUUAAGUUUGAGUAAAAAUGUAUAAAAUAUUCUUACUUUUCACUGAGCUUAAUGCAAAUAAUAGACCUACAUGACUGCAUUUACGAUAAUAGCUUGAAAAAGUGCUAGAGAUGUAACUUCCCCUAUUUCAACUUACAAACAAUCACAACUCAUAACAACUGAUAAAGAAAUGGGUUAUUGCUAAACGAUCGUUCCUGCCACGGUGUGAUCUUCAAUUCGUAUCAAUCGUUCGUCGGAUCCACAACGAUGAUCCGUUAUUCAAUCAAACCUCUUACUCUACUCCUUAUCGCAUUGGCGAUCAGCCAAGCCAGUGCGAAAUCGUGUGAAACCGAAGACUACGAGGAAGGCACUUGUAUCUCGAUUCAGAAAUGCGAAAAAUUCGUAGAAAUUAUGUCCCAAGGACUAUCGCUCGGCCAACAGCGCCUGGUUGACCUGGAACAGGAAAAGUGCGCUGACACCGGAGAGGAAGGCGCCGUCUGCUGCAAACGGAAGCAACGACCCGAGAUACCCAAAUUCGUCGAAGAUGUCAAGCCCAUUACGAAGGGUUUGUAUGAUCUGCUUCCGGAUUCUACCGUUUGCGGAGUAGACAGUCCCGAUCGGAUCUACUACGGGAAUGAAACGUAUCUGGACCAGUUCCGGUGGCUGGCGUUGAUCAUGUACAUUGGAGAAGAUGACAAGGAGACCUUCGGUUGCGGCGGAUCGUUGAUUAACCCACGUUAUGUUCUAACGGCGGCUCACUGCAUUAAAAAUAAUGUGGCCGGCGUACGCCUAGGAGAAUGGGAUCUAACAACGGACCCAGAUUGUGUAACGAGACAAGGCAAGGAACAAUGCGCAAACCCGGCGAUCGACGUCGGGAUCGACAAGAUCAUUCGACAUAAAAAAUACAAGUUCUCCUGGUACAAGCCGAACAAUAUCGAUCUGGCCCUCUUUCGGCUGGACCGGGACAUAGAAUACAGCAAGUACGUGGUGCCGAUUUGUCUGCCGCGAUCGGAAGAGGAAGCGCAAGUAACCGAGAAUAAGCCAAUGUACGUGGCCGGAUGGGGCAAGACCGAGACCGGUGAAACGAGCAAACGGAAACUGUAUGUCGACGUGAGCGCGGUUGAUCUGGAUGAGUGUCGGAAAGCGCACAAGUCACCGUUGAUCAAGUUCCACGAUUCGAUGAUCUGUGCCGUGGGUGUUGGAGGGAAGGAUUCCUGCCAGGGUGAUUCCGGAGGACCGUUGAUGGAUACUCAGAAGACGCCCGAAGGAGCGGAACGAUACUUUCUGAAGGGAGUGGUCAGUGUAGGGGCUUCCUGCGGAACGACCAAGCCUGCCUUCUACAUUGAUGUGCACAAGAACAUCGAUUGGAUCAUUUCCAAUAUGGAACCGUAGGUGUAGAUUUAAGUUUAAAAAUAGAUAUUUUAAGUUUGCAUGAGUAAUUCAACUUUUAUUUAUGUG